CGCUGAGAGUGUAGACUUGGAAACUGAGUUUGGGAGGGUUUCAUCAUCAUGAGAUGAUUAUCAGUAGAUUUCUCCAAAAGAAUAGAGCGAAGUGAAGAUUUGCCAUCCAUUCUCUUCAUGUAAUUGUUGGAAGAACCGUAUUGAUAUUGCAUUUAUAAACAAUGGCGCAGCAGACCAGCAAGAGAGGCGUGGUGGACUUCAACUUUAGCUCGCCUGCCGUUGAUUUCACAAAGACAGUGAAUACUGCCGGACUCAAAGGCCAGAGUGCUUUGGUGACGGGGGGAGCGAAUGGGAUAGGCGCAGGCUUUGCGACGGCUUUGGCGGAAGCCGGAGCAUAUGUCACGAUUGUGGACCUGCACUCAGACGGGGAGAAGUAUGCGAAAGAACUGGCAUCGAAGGGUCUUCAUGUCCAAUUCAUCCAAGCAGAUGUCCGUAGCUGGGACGCCCAGCUCCAAGCCUUCAAAUCUGCCAUCGAAUUCCACCCCACCCACUCUCUCGACAUCGUCGUCACCGCGGCCGGCCUCGUCGGCAACUCCAUGGACCAGUGGAUAAAACAUAAUCCCACCGACUCUAACGCCGAUCCUCAUCCCCCGACGACCGACGUCAUCGACGUCAACCUGACCGGGAGUUUCUACUCCAUCCACCUGGCGGUCCAUUACUUCGCCCGAACCAUUGAUGCCGCGACGUCGGCGGAAUCCAAGCAGAUUGUGCUGGUGGCGUCGCUGGCGGGGUAUGCGGCGCUCCCGCUCCUGGCGGACUAUAACGGGAGCAAGUUUGGGGUACGGGGGAUGAUGAAGGCGUUACGGGCGAGGCCUGAGCUGCUGGGUGAGGGGAAGAAGAGGGUGCGGACGAAUUUGAUUGCGCCGACGUAUAUACGGACGAAGAUGAUUGCGAAUCACCUUGGGAAGUUGGCGGAAGCGGGGAUCCCCGUGGGGGAAGUGGAGGACUGUGUGGAUGGGUUCUUGAGGGUUGUGACUGAUGAAGGGGUGCAUGGGCGUGCGAUUGCCAUUGCGCCGAACAAGGGGGGUUCUGAUAUGAAGGAUGAUCUGAAGCAUUAUGAUGCUGGUAAGGGAUUGAAGGAGUUGAUUGAAGGAAGACUUUUCGGUGGUUAGCUAGGUAUGACCGAGGUAAGCGUACCGUAGGGUAAAUUCUUGGAGAAGUAAUAAUAAAUGGUUUCAGAUGGAUUAUAGUGACCGAUAUGCUUGCGAGAAUCAAGAUAUCUCAUUAGUAUUAUUGCGUUCUCUUCAAAAGUUAAGGUAGCUCGAGUCCAC